UUGUGCUGUUGUCUAGUAAGUCUCUUUUGUUCUUCUUCAGCUCUGAUUCAAACUGCAGAGGUUCCUCACCUGAUCUCUUUGACUCUGGUUGAAUUUGGUGACAGUGUUACUUUUCACUUUACAGUUUCUGAGAAGGAUAAAUCAUUCCACUGGUAUAAACAGCCUUUUGGACAAAUGCCCCAAUCAGUCGCUUCUGGACUCAAUGGAAGAAUAGAAGUCAGUGAAGAAUUUAAAGAGUCACGUUUCAACAUCACAAAAGAGGGUGCUCACUUUUCUCUCACCAUCAGAAAUGUAAUCAAAUUGGAUGAAGCAGUAUAUUUCUGUCAAAAGGGAUCGUCGUAUUCACAGACUUUCAUCAAUGGCACAUUCUUGGCUGUGAACGACAACAAUCAGCAGAAAUCAGUCUAUGUGAAACAAAGCCCGGAGACAGUAUCAGUCCAGCUGGGAGACGCACUGACUUUUCAGUGUUCACUGCUCUCCAAGAACAAAGCAGAAAACACAGAUCAGUGUCCAGGUGAAAGCAAUGUGUACUGGUUCAGAUCUGGAUCAGGAGGAUUUCAUCCAGGUGUCAUUUACACUCACGGGAACAGGAGUGAUGAACAUGAGGAAAGGAGCUGUGUCUACAGUCUGUCCAAAACUAUACGGGACUCCUCUGAUACUGGGACUUACUACUGUGCUGUGGCCACAUGUGGACAGAUCCUGUUUGGAGAAGGAACAAAAGUGGACACACGAUCAAAGUUGGAUCCAGCUGUCGUUGUACUUGGAGCACUGUUGGCCUGCUGUGUGACUGUGAUUACCAUCCUCAUGUUUUACAUUAAAGGGAGGAGAGCUUGUGAGAAUUGCAAUAAUAUCCACAAACCAUUAAAAUCAUAUUGA